AUGGGUAGAGCUUCGGGUACGACCAAGGCUCCGAGCGAGUCUCCCAGCCCAGUCACACCUCAACCCAAACGAAAGCGAGUUGAAAAGCCACGGGUGGCCCCCGCUGAAUACGAUAUCCCCUACUUCGCUCACAUGCAACUGAAUCCCGCGCGAUACCCUGUCACUGUUGGGGCUCCUGUUGGCCAACCGCCAUUCGAGCCUGCGCCAUAUGGUGGUCAUAGAGCGAAGAAGUCAAUGAAGGAGGAUGCAGAGGAUGACUCCGAGGAAGAGGAUUCCGAAAGUUCCGAAGAGGAAGUCGUCUCACUGAAGCGCAAAGCACUUGCCAUCAGCCCACCUCACAACGGUUUCAGUGGAUCUGAUUACAAAAAAGCCAAGAUGGCAGGAGGCCGUCCUGCUCUCGCCAAGAAAGUUACCGCACAGAUGGAUUCCGAUGACGAGCUCAUCGUCCAAAUGAAACAAGCCAGAUACCAAGAAAAGGAUAUUGCCCAGCGGUUGAUUGAUGAAGGUCGAACUCAUUAUCACCCCAAGACCAUUGGCACCCGAUGGGCACGUCUGAAGAAGGUCAUGCAGGUACGCAAUGAUGAACUGCUUGAUCAAGAUCUUACCGACUGGCACGAGGGAGACGAUGAGGUUCUUGCAGAAGCCAUUGCAAAGGCAGAUGCCGAGGUCGAGAAGCUCAAGCAAGAGAUUGCCGCAAAGAAGUGGCGCAUGGUAGCGGACAAAAUGAAGUCUAUCAAGCCCGUAGUCAACUUCUCCCAGAAUGCAUGCCGCAAGCGUCAUGAAGACUUGGAAGCCGGAACAGCCAAGCCUACGCCCGAGAGUGUUCCAGACCCAGAUGACGAGGUCAAAGCACGGAUUCAAUCUCGAUUGGACAAGGAAGAGGCUAUCAAGAAAGCGGCUCGCUUUACCACACACCAUCAGAACCUGGACAACAAUGCCUGGACGUCAAGGAUGCGUCAAUACUAG